AAUGCUUUCUUGAAGAUGAUUUCAGACACACUGCUAGGAUACUGCCUCUACUCACUGAAGCAGAAUCCUCUGAAGAGUUGCUGAGGCAGAACUGAAAUCAUGGCUCGCUUCAAAGAAGCAGCAGUAUUGGUCGCUAAUGAUGCCUCACACAGAAAGACGAUGCUCCUUUAACUCGGGGGUUUUAAUGGGAAGUUUCCAAGCCUGAAACAACAGCUUUAGACCUGGGGUGCCAUCAGCUUCCUUGCAGCUACCACUGUCUACUGCUUGCACACAGCUUGGUCGGGAAGAAUGGAAACUAAGGAGGCUUGUAACUACCUGUAACUGUUCCACCAGGAAAUGGAUCAAGUCUUUGUUCAACCAGAUCCAGUAUUAAAGUUAGAUUUUGUUUCCUGAGCACACACAAAUGGACCUGGCCAAGGGAAGACACAGCUGUGCUACGUGAUGGGAAGUCCAGUCAGGAUUAAAGUACUGCUAUAACUCAGUUUCUCCGAGGUGCAGCCACCAUGACCUCAGCAGACUGAUGAUGGGAGAAAAGCAAAGCAGGAGACACUGUGCUCUGGUUUCCCUGGACCAUGGAUGGAGGACAGCCCGUCCCUUCACCCCUAGUGCCCCUUGAGAACGUGCCAUCAGAUUCUAGCAUGUCUCUGGAGCAGAAAACGACAUUUGUUUUUGUAAUUUUGUUGUUUAUUUUCUUGGGCAUCCUCAUUGUCAGGUGUUUCCGGAUUCUUCUGGACCCAUAUAGGAGCAUGCCAACCUCAACCUGGGCUGAUGGACUUGAAGGCCUGGAGAAAGGGCAGUUUGACCAUGCCCUUGCUUAGGAGAGACGGAGCAUGGUCUCCACCUGAGGAGGUGAAGUGCUUCAUGUCUUGGCGAGGAUUUCCUUUUGUCAGUGUUCUCAACAAAUCAAAUUUUAAUGAUAUUUGGUCCCAGGACCAUAAUCCACUAUUUCAUAAACAUGCAGUUGGGUUAAAGAUAUUUGAGGAUGCUGGAAAUGGUGUUUAUAUUACUAACCCAAAAUAGGAAAGUUUGAAUGUUUAUGCUUGCUCAAUAAAUGAAUAUUGUUGAAUAUGUGUGAUUGUGACACCAAGAUCAAUAUUGGCAUAGAUUUACUGUUAAAUGAUGUACUACCAGAUCUGACCAGAGAAUAAAAGACUAGAAAGGACCUCAUCUGAAUCUGCGACAAGGUCAAGAAGAGAUUUCCUUGCUCUAAUUAUGUCUCUCAGUUUGUUUUAUUACAUGGUCAUCUGAGUCCUGAGCAGAGAGGAAGAAAGAUUGUGAGAAAUGGAUCCAAAGUAGUUGCUUGUUUUCUCCUAAAGCAAGGAGCAUUGGGAAGAAGUGAAAAAGUUCAGAAGAGAUGGCUCUGUUCUUGGAAAAUAUGUUCUUCAAAUGAAACUACAUUUAAAAACUACAGAGUUUCAAAAACCAUUUAAUAGACCAAGUAUAUUCUAUGUAUUCAUAUUAAUAACAUGUGUAAAGGUUGCCAUACAUAACCCGAAUUCACUCUCUAUAUACAAAUGAUUAAAGUAAAAGUAAUAGUAAAUAGUAAAUGCAGUUUCAAUGUUUUUUAAAAAAUAUAAAUUAAUUGUUUAGAGGAGAAGACUUUUGCAGUCUUUAGAGGAAUGUGUGUUUAUGACUGUAUAUGGUCACCAAAUAAAACUUUUCAAGAAACA